UUUGGUUGUGAGAGGUAGCACACUGCUAAAAUGGAAGCUGUUGAGUUGAAAGACGAGAAAAUCCAACCUACUAUUAAAGUAUAUCGCAAAAGAUGGAUCAUUUUGAUGAUUUAUUUUUUGUGUGUCUGGUUGUGUUCAGCGCAGACCAUUGAAUAUUCAAUUAUAACCAAUGUAGUUAUGAAAUAUUAUAAUGUGAGAGCUUCUACGGUAUACUGGACAGUGUUGUGCUUCAUUAUCAUUUGGCCAAUAUUCGUAUUUCCUGCAUCUUACAUUAUCGAUAAAAUGGGUUUGAGAUUUGCAGUAUUGAUUGGUAUUUUGUCUACGGCAAUUGGCUCAGGUGUGAAGGUGUUAUCUGUUGGCGAAAACUUAUUUUAUGUUGUUAUUCUGGGACAGAUGAUUGUUGCUGUAUCUGAAUUAUUCUUGUUUAAUCUACCAUCAAAACUUAGUGUGGUAUGGUUCAAACCUGAGGAGAUAUCAACAGUGUGCUCUCUAGGUAUACUUGGGAUGACAUCAGGAACUGCAAUUAGCUACUAUGUCCUUCCGAUAAUAGUAAAAGACAGCGACAAUAUGGAUGAAAUUGCUGCCGAUCUCAGAGUGAUGAAUUGGGGUGUAUUCCUUCUUUCACUACCAUUAGUGCCCAUCGUAUUUUUCUACUUUCCAGAAAGACCUUUGAAUCCACCAAGCAUGGCAAUGUUUGAGAAGAGAAAUCAGAGAAACAAAGUCACAAUGUCCUCAUUUUUGGAAUCAUUCAAACAUCUGAUGAAUAAUAAAGCAUUUUACUUACACAGCAUAGCAUUUGGAUGUAUCCUGGGAAUAUAUUCAGUAAAUGGAACACUUCUGAAUCAGUUUGUCUUGAGUUACUUCCCGGGUGCCCAAGAAGACGCUGGAAAAAUGGGGUCGCUGAUGAAAACUGCUGGUUUUGGCGGAUUGAUCCUAACAGGCAUCAUACUUGAUAAAACACAUAGAUAUAA